AUGGGUAAUUGUUGUCCAAAAGGUGAUGCACAUUCUGAGAGAAGCUCUAUAGCGAAUAUUGUAGUUGAGGAAAUGGAGUAGACAAAGUUGAAGGGAAUACAACCAAUGAAUUCUAGUUAAAACUUAGUUGGAAGCAGCAAUGCGUUGGGAAUAUCAAAGACAAAGAGUUUGUUCAAUAGGGAUGAUUUCAUAAAGAUUGAUAAAUUGGGUUAUGUAAGAUGUAAUUUAAUGAUAAGGGAGCUUUUGGGGUUGUUUAUAAGGUGAAAUAGAAAAGUACAAAUAAAAUAUAUGCGAUGAAAUAGAUAGAGAAGGAGAAGAUUUUUAAAAAUAAGUUAUAAAGUAAUACAGUAUUAGAGAGGAAUGUUUUAAAAUAGAGUAAGCAUCCUUUUAUAGUUCGAUUGAAAUAUGCAUUUCAAACAAAUUCUCAUAUUUAUUUUGUAAUGGAAUACAUAGCAGGAGGCGAAUUCUAUAAGAUAUUAAGUUAAGUGAAAACAGGAUUACCUGAGAAUGUAGUAAAAUUUGUAGCAGCAGAGGUAGUAUUAGCACUUGAAUACUUAAAUACAAAAUUAAAAGUGAUAUAUAGAGAUUUAAAACCAGAAAACUUAUUGUUAACAACAACAGGACAUGUAAAAUUAACAGAUUUUGGAUUGGCUACAAUGAGAAGAGAGAAUGGAGAGAAAUCAUAUACUGUAAAUUAAUAAAUAUUUAAAAAUUGAAAAGGUUGCUGGGACUGCAGAAUAUCUUGCACCAGAAAUAGUGAAUAAAUCAGGACAUUCAUAUGAAGUGGACAUUUGGACUUUGGGAAUACUGAUUUAUGAGAUGAUAAAUGGUUUUACACCAUUUAGAGAUUCAAAUAAUGAUUUUAAGAUGAUAUCCUAAAAGAUAAUUGAAAACUAACCAAUAUAUCCAGAAAAGAUGUCAUAAUCAAGUAUAAAUUUGAUUAAAUAAAUAUUGUAGACUGAUCCAUAGGAACGUUUAGGAGUUAAAGUAUAAAAUCAUUAUUAUUAAUUAGGGGGAUGGUUAUGCUGAACUGAAGAAACAUGAAUUCUUUCAUGAUAUAUUAUGGGAUUAGAUGUCAAAUCUAAAAAUAACAUCACCAUUAAAAACAUUUGCAGAAAGAAACUCUUAGAAAAUGAAUUUGAUUAGUAAAUAACCAUAGAAUUUUUAAAAUACUCCUUGUAAUCCUUAAAGUCCAAAACUUAAGAUUGAUGGAAUCACUUUUGAUGGAGAAGGGGGUACAUUGUCUUCACAUUUUUGAAAUUAUAAUUAAAUAAAU